AUGGCGCCGGCAGCAACUGUAGAUCAAUCCACUCCGAAUCGCUCAGUGGCUCGAAUCAUCUUCUCAGACAACGGAGCCUCCAGUUACCAUGGUCAGACCAGCGCGUUGUUUGAGGAGAAUGUUUACGAUCGCAAAGGAUCCAAGAGAGAAGUUGUCCCGCCCGAAUGGGUCGAAAAGGGAUUGAUGGCAGAAGCUUCCUUGCAACGCCAAAUGGAAGUGAUCAACUUUAGGGAUAACAAACUCGACUUCGAUGGCGUUGAGCCCGAGUUGGGAAUGCACUUGCUUAGUCUUCAUUGGAAUCGACAGCAUCACUCCUUUUUGAUCACCUACCGACCAGCUUUCAUGAGAGAUAUGGCUUGUAAUGGACCUUACUUCUCCAAAAUAUUACUAAACGCCAUAUUUUAUGGGUCGUCAAAGUUCAGCACUCGUUUGGAGGUGCGCAAAGACCCCAAUGAUGUUAGGACCGCUGGCUGGAAAUUUCGACAAAGAGUCAGGGAGCUUCUCGGCAAUGCCCUAGAUGGAAGCGAGAUCACCACAAUCCAGGCGCUGCUCGUGAUGGCCAAUUCACUAUUCGCCUUGGGUGAUGAAAGAAGUGCUGCAUGGUUGUACUCGGGCUUAGCAUUUAGAAUGAUCAUCGACCUUGGGCUGCAUGCUGAGGCAGCUACGCUAUCAAGUGCUCGUAGUCUGUCCCAUGAAGAUCAAGAGAUUCGACGGCGAGUCUUUUGGGGUGCAUUUGUGGUAGACAAGAUUAUGAGCCUUUAUCAAGGCCGACCUGUCAGUCUUCAGGAGGCCGAUACCAGUGUACCGAUCUCUUUCCUGGAUAAAUUCGAGGAGAACGAGAACUGGGCACCUUUUGCAUAUGGCUCUGACAGCCACACUGAUCACAUAGGAGGGCCAGCGUACAGCGUCUCCACUUUCACAGCACUAUGCGAGUUGUGCAGGAUCAUGAACCAGAUUCUCAACAACAUAUAUGCCGAGCGAAUCUUCGACCGCAGUUCCAGUGAUCUUACACAAAUGCUCGAUGAUCUUCACUCUAAAAUGGAGAAUUGGAACCAAUCACUUGCGCCACAUCUACAAUUCGAUCCCUUAAGGCCUCGUUUGGUGACACCACCGCCACAUGUCUUGUCUCUGGCGGCAAUGUACAAUGUCUUAUUAAUCCUACUCCAUCGGCCAUUCGUAGCGGAUGGCCAUCUCUACAAUACUGCACGAUCAAUAUCUGUCAACUCUCUCCUCACCUGCGCCACUGCUGCCACUCAAAUCGUGCGUUUGCUAAGGGUUUACGAUAAAGCAUACUCAGUAAGACGAGCGCCUUACCUUAUCUCGUACGCUACAUACGUCAGCGCCACUAUUCAUGUUCGGAUUGCCUCGAAAAGAACCUCUUCUUCGGAUGCUCACCGAAGCUUGAGCACCUGUGUUGCAGUUUUGAGCAUCAAUCAAGAAACCAACUGGGCUGCGCGAAGAGCUAAAACCAUUGUUGAGGGCUUGAUGAAAAGGCUUCAGGUUGAGGUUCCUAAUGCUGCAGCCAAUCCGCAGGCGUAUAUCCUCGGAGCAGAGCCAGAAAGCCAGCAGCCUAUAAUACUGGAGCAGUUUGCUUCUGGAGAUAAUUUCGCCGAAGAAACUUUGAGGCCCGAUGGGUUCUCGCCUGGUCUUGACAUUGAUGCAGUCAUUCAGAGCUUCGUUCCUAAUAACGAAAGUAAUUCGAACAUUCCUUUCUCGUCUUAUAUGAACCAGCAGCCUCCCACAGACGAUUCGAGUGGCCAGAGUGCUUUUCCAGACCAGAGUCCAGAGGCUUUCAGGAAUGGUAUGUUUCAAGCAAACCAGCCGCAAGGAAAUAGCGUAUGGUAUGAUCAAUUCGGGGCGCAAACAUUCGCGUUCGAUGAUCUACUGUUCGGCUUCAACGGGUCAAUGCUGGAUGACUUCUCGAUGCCGGCUUAUCCUUCUUAG